AGGGAGGGGGGGUACCCACAUAUAAUAAACCGUAACGUAAUAGACGCUUAAUUGCGAUUUAUUAUGGAGGAGAAGAAGGAGAAGGAGGGCGAAGCGGAGAUCCAGGAGCACGGUCCCGAACAUUGGUUCUCCAAAUGGGAGCGGCAGUGUUUGGCCGAAGCGGAGCGACAGGAGCCGAGCGACGACGAGUCGGAGCAAAGUCAGCAGAAACUAUGGCAUCUUUUCCAAAAUUCAGCCACUGCGGUCGCACAGCUAUACAAAGACAGAGUUUGUCAACAGCAGGGUCUGUCUCUCUGGGUUCCCUUCCAGAACGCAGCUACUGCCGUCACCAACCUAUACAAAGAGUCACUAGAGUCCCACCAGCGGAGCUAUGAGUUGGGGGUCCAGCGAGCGUACCAGCGUCGUAACAAAGACAUGCUGGCCUGGGUGAAGAAGAGGAGGAGAAACAUCAGGAGGGAGGACCUCAUCAGCUUUUUGUGUGGCAAGGCCCCGCCCCCACGCAACCCCCGUCGCGACGCACAGACACCCAAACACGGCCACGCCCUCUCUGUGAUGUCACCCGGCAGGCCGCCGUCCACGGAGAGCGGGUCGUCUGUCGAGGCUGACCUGCAGCCCUUCAGAGAGGCCAUCGCACUGCACGGCCUGAGUGGGGCGAUGGCCAGUAUAUCCGUUCGUUCCGGUGCCCCUGGCUCUCCGACGCACCUAACACGCGACAGCCCCGUCACUCAGCAGCCGGGUCGUAACCGUAGGAACGGUCUCCACGACGUCGACCUGAACACCUUCAUCGCCGAGGAGAUGGCGCUCCAUUUGGAGAACGCCGCGGCAACCGCUGCAGCCAAUAGGAAGAGGGCGUCUGCCCAGUGCAGUGACGUCAUCACAGACUCGCCCGCCCAUAAACGCAACCGGAUGCUCUGAGUGUCCCCGGAUAUCACACACACACACACACACACACACGCUCAAGGCACGUUUCACACACGCACAUCGACACACACACACACGCUCAAGGCACAUUUCACACACACUAGAUAUUUCUACUUUGCUGUCGUGGCCCGAGCUGAUUGGAUGAUGACUCGUCCACCAGGCCGGCCAAUCAAACCCUCCCAACCUCAACCUGGCACCUCCCCCUCUGUUGCUUUCAUAAAAAAAGAUAAAUGUAAAAUAUUAAAAAGCCACUUAUUCCCUCCUCCUUCUCCGACAUCCCUCCUUCCUGUGUUCCUUCCUUUCCUCGUGGUUGGCAUGACAACGACUUGGAAUGAUAGCACAAACAGACUGGAGGCUCACCAGCAGCCUGUCUCGACCACUGGGAUGAAAACUGUGUUGGCCAUGUGUUCUGAGUGGUGGGGAAAUGGGACAGACCUGCCCCUCCCCCCUCCUUUUACUAGAGGUGUGUUGGGGUCCUGAGGCCUAGAAGCCUUCCUGUAUAGUAGCCCCUCCCCCCUCCUGUUACUAGAGGUGUGUUGGGGUCCUGAGGCCUAGAAGCCUUCCUGUAUAGUAGCCCCUCCCCCCUCCUGUUACUAGAGGUGUGUUGGGGUCCUGAGGCCUAGAAGCCUUCCUGUAUAGUAGCCCCUCCCCCUCCUGUUACUAGAGGUGUGUUGGGGUCCUGAGGCCUAGAAGCCUUCCUGUAUAGUAGCCCCUCCCCCUCCUGUUACUAGAGGUGUGUUGGGGUCCUGAGGUCUAGAACCUUCCUGUAUAGUAGCCCCUCCCCCCUCCUGUUACUAGAGGUGUGUUGGGGUCCUGAGGCCUAGAAGACUUCCUGUAUAGUAGCCCCUCCCCCCUCCUGUUACUAGAGGUGUGUUGGGGUCCUGAGGCCUAGAAGCCUUCCUGUAUAGUGGCCCCUCCCCCCUCCUGUUACUAGAGGUGUGUUGGGGUCCUGAGGCCUAGAAGCCUUCCUGUAUAGUAGCCCCUCACCUCUCAAGCGACUGUGGUUCUAGUCUCCCUCCUCUCGAUGCGUGUGUGUUGGACAGAACUGCCACUAAGUGUGUGUGACUUGUCUUUGCCUUUUGAGGAAGCUGCUAUCUCUGGCACAGCGGGAAGUUCUGGGGUGUGUGUCUGCCGGCACGUGGCUGUGUGUGUGUUCGUUGAGCACAAUCCUGACUGGAUUCAUGUGUAUUUGUGUUUUGUUUUUAUAAAGCCUCCACCCCAAUAGCUCUUCCUGUCUCCUCUGUCUAACCUUUAACCCCAAGUCCUCUUAUCUACAGUGUAUAUACAUUAUGACAACUUGGUUCUGCUGUUGUAUGAUGCAGACAUACAUGUGGUACAUAUUGUAAAAAAUAAAAAAAACAAUUGUAAAAAAAGAAAUGCAAAACCAUUGAAUUGUUUAAAAUGUAAAAUAAUGAUUCUGGCAUUAAACAAACCAAGCUUUUAACUAUGAA